AACAUAUGACGCUUUGGCAGCGCGUGCAUGGGUGGAGGGGGCGCUGGUCUAGGUAUCACAAGUGUGCUUUUCCAGAUAACACUUGGGCAUGGCACAGUCUGCAGCAGCUGCCAGGCAAAGUCAGUGAUAUCGUAGAGUGGAAUUUAAAAUGACACAUCCAUGUUAGCAUCACACACACAGGUCCAAUGAAUUGUUUUCUGUUGUUUUCCCAAUUAUUCAAAUUAAUAAAAAAAAUUAAACAUAUUAAAACAGUCCCCGAUGAAACAUUUUCUUGGUCAGUUGUGAUCCUGAGCCCUGAAACCAGUGCCUCAGGCGUUUUGGGAGAAUGGUGAACUCUGUACCUUUUCGACUCAGGCCUAUACGCUUGAAAUAUGAAACACUAUAUUAUAUAAUAAACACAAAGUUGUUUGAUGUGCAAUUUGUAAAGGAAUUCCAUAUCACACAAAAAACGACAUAAACUGUGACAUUUCGUCCCUCUCUCAUAAGUACAAGAACUCAGCUCAAGCUACCAAUGUAUAUAUUUAAACUCUAAUAAAAGCGCAAAUCUCCGAAUUUACUCUUGCUGAGGAUUAGAAAUGUUUGAUCACAGGCCAAUUUUAAGCAGACGUGCAAGGUCGCUUCAUUUUUUGUAAUAUUUUUCAGAUAUUAAAGAAAGAAAUCUUUCAAGUGUGACAGACACAGAGGGUCUGUGGUUUUCUGAGACCCUUUAUCUGGGGCGGAGGUCGCUCUAAAACACUUAAAUAGACGGCGGUCGCACUAUACAUGCAUUCAGUUCUUCUUCAAGCCUGAACACAAUUAAGAAGAGUCACCAUGGUUGAGUGGACAGAACAGGAGCGCAGCAUCAUCAGCGGUAUCUUUGGCAGCCUGGACUAUGAUGACGUCGGACCUAAAUCUCUGUGCAGGUGCCUGAUCGUCUACCCCUGGACCCAGAGGUAUUUCGGCGCCUUCGGCAACCUUUACAAUGCUGAAGCCAUCAUGAAUAACCCGAAAAUCGCAGCCCACGGCACCACGGUGCUGCACGGUCUGGACCGGGCUCUGAAGAACAUGGACGACAUCAAGGGUACCUACGCCGAGCUGAGCGUGCUGCACUCCGAGAAGCUGCACGUCGACCCCGACAACUUCAGACUGCUGGCUGACUGCCUGACCAUCGUCAUCGCCGCCAAAAUGGGAUCCGCCUUCACCCCUAAUGUGCAGGCCGCAUUCCAGAAGUUUCUGUCCGUUGUGGUGUUCGCCCUGGGAAGGCAGUAUCACUAAGCUGCAACAACAUGACACCCAAACGAUGCUUGGAGUCUUUUAUAAGAUUCAACAAAAAAAUUAAUAAAAUAAAGGAACACUGAAGCAAAGUUUAA